AUGAGAUGUAUUUUGAAGAAGAAAAGAGGCAGUGAAAUCUUAAGGCUGCAGACAUUAGCAGAUAAAGACGAUGAGACCAUAAUUGAAGGUAGUCAAGCUGCGGUUUGCAGACAACCGGGAGAGCCUCUUGUUAUAGAGGAAAUUGAAGUUGAUCCUCCAAAAAUCGGGGAGGUUCGAAUCAAAAUUCUUUGCACUUCCCUCUGUCAUUCUGACGUUACUGUCUGGAAUAUGAGACAAGGACUUUUCUCAUUCCCCAUCAUUUUUGGACACGAAGCUGUCGGAAUUGUUGAAAGUGUAGGAGAAGAAGUGGAGGAAGUGAAAGAAGGGGAAAUGGUGUUACCUGUAUUUCAAUCAAAUUGCAAAGAAUGCAAAGAAUGCAAGAAUGGGAGGACCAACAAAUGCAGUGUUUUUGGGGGCAAAACUGGAAUGGGAUUGGGAAUGCCACGAGAUGGCACAAGCAGGUUUAAGGAUUUAAAUGGACAGCCUUUGAACCAUUUCUUAUAUGUUUCAAGCUUUUCUGAGUAUACAGUUGUUGAUGUUCACAACCUUGUUCCAAUCAAUCCAAAGCUUCCGAUAGACAAGGCCCCCUUGUUUGGCUGUGGAGUUCCUACUGGUAUUGGAGCCGCGUGGAACGUCGCUGACGUAGACGAGGGUUCCACCGUGGCUAUCUUCGGUCUUGGUACUGUUGGACUUGCAGUUGCGGAGGGAUCAAAACGUCGCAAAGCUUCAAAGAUCAUUGGCAUCGAUUUAAAUCCUAACAAAUUUGAGAUUGCAAAGAAGUUUGGGGUUACUGAUUUUAUCAACCCAGCUACUUGUGGAGAUAAGGCAAUUCAUGAAGUGAUUAAGGAAGAAACUGAUGGGGGAGCAGAUUACUGCUUUGAGUGUAUUGGCUUGGCUUCCCUCAUGGAAGAAGCUAUCAAAAGUACUAAAGAGGGAUGGGGAAAGGCGGUGAUACUGGGAGUGGAGAAAGAUGGAGCGGCAUUCAAAGUGAACUCCUUCGAAAUAAUAAAUGGGAUAACCAUCACAGGGGCUCUUUUUGGAGGUCUUAAGCCAAAGUCCGACGUUCCAAUGCUUAUCAACAAGUAUUUACACAAAGAACUUAAUUUGGAUGAGUUGAUAUCACACGAAGUUGAGUUUGAGGACAUCAACAAAGCAUUUGAUUUGCUUCUCUCUGGGAAAUCACUUCGUUGUCUCAUUUGGAUUGAUCAUGGAUUCCAGCCAUACAUCACUUCUUAAUUUCUAUUACCAAUUUCUCUUUCGUCCACUUCUACAAAUUUUCCAUCUCUUCUAUGGAUGAUUUUAAAUAAAUUGUUUUUAUAUCAUUAUUCUUAUUCAA